UACUCCAGCGCUGAGAAGAGAUCCAGCAGAGAACAUUCAUGCACCUGCCCUUCUAAUAGAAUUUCUGCACUAGUCCAGAACCAAAGAAGAGAGGACGUAAGGGGGGUACUGUCAUGUUUACAGUCCAUGUUCUCCUGGUGGGCACGGCCACCACAUCCCCAAUCCUUUCCAGUGCUCCUCUGUCCCAACAGGACAACUAAUCUAACAUGGACCCUGGUAAGGGCUUACCUGUGCCUCGCCGGACUUGUGAAAAAAGAUGGCAGCCCGCAUAUGUAUGCGGGCAAACAAUGCAAACUGGCCAUUACUAAUCAGAUGAUUCAGAUGAUUGCAUGUAAAGUCCCCCCUUGAUAAAAAAAAUACAGUGGAAAAAAGUAAAAACAAAAUGUAAAAAUAUUAAAAUUCUAAUCAUCCCUUUCUCUAUAAUAAAAAAAAUAAUCGUUAUAGGCAUCACUAUGUCCCAAAAUAUAUUGUAUAUAACCCAUGCAGUGAAAAAAUCAACAUGGCUGAUUGCCAUUUUUUUUUGCCACUUUGCCUACCCCCCCCCCCCCCCCCAAAAAAAAAGAGAUUGAUUAAAAGUUACACACUCCACAACGGUAUUAAUAAAAACCACAGAUCACCUCACACAGCUCUCAACAUAAAUAUAAAAAGGUUAUGGGGUUUGACAUACAGAUAGGGGGCUUAGAUUGUGAGCCCCAUUGGGGACAGCCUGAUGCAAAUGUCUGUAAAGCGCUGCGGAAUAUGUCAGCGCUAUAGAAGUGCGUCAAAUGAAUGGAGGUGACGGGUCAGUUUUACUGCACAGGGGACGCCGUAUAAACAAAACCCCAAAAACUAUAGUGGAAUCGUAUUUUUUUCCCAAUUACAUCCUGUUUGGAAUUUUUCCCCAGUUUCCCAAUACAUCCUAUGCAAUAUGAGAUGGUGCCGUUAGGAAGUACUAUUUGUACUAUAAAACAAGCCCUCAUAUGGCGGUGAACAAAACAUUUAAAAAAGUUAUGGCGGCACGGAGUGAAAAAUGAAAACGCCAGAAGUGCUUGUAAAGCCAUAAUAUUCGGCCACUUGCCAUGUGCACAUGUGACCAGCUGUGCCUGCACGCCGCCCUAGCACCAGAGCACAUCUGGCAGCGCUUCUCCUUCCUCAGGAUCCGGUGCUGUUUUGGGCAGAAUAAAUACGGAGCAGUCUGUAGUUCGAUGUGUUCUGCGCUCAUCUGCUCCUGACUGAUUUUGUUCGUGGAUUGCUCUGCGUUCCUCCGUCUUCCCUGUCGCCUGGCAGCUGCCCCGGAAGUUGUCGCCGGGGCCGGUUCAGCUCCGGUAAAGUCGCCGCCGGACACCGCGGGCCCCGCAGCGGGCGGGACUAAGACUCCACGGGUGAGCGUUAGUAGAGCAGCCGGGCGUGAAUGAAGCUCCUGGACGAGGGGGAGCCCAGAAAGUGUGCAAGCACAGCCACCACUGCUGGAUUACAGGGUGGUAGUAACCCCUGGAAAGAAGCUGUGAAUAAUGUGAUGAAAAAAGGGAUCCAGCCAGCAGACAAUAUGGACAAUCACACUACAUUAAGAUACCAGUCAAAAAUGGAAAUUGAAGACUAUAAUGGGCGAUCCUAUAUGUCAGCUGGCGACUCCUCUCUGGACAAGGAUUUCUCCGAAGCCUUGAUUGGACCUACUGUAAGCACGCCAAACAGCAGACACUCAUCCCCAAGACGUUCGCUUAGUGCAAACUCUAUAAAGGUAGAAAUGUACAGUGAUGAUGAGUCUGGGCGUCAUCUCAACCAUGAAGACCGGCUAAGCGAGAAAGAAGAUGGGGCCAUGCCUGACGACUCGCUGGUCGAGCCUCUUGGGUACUGUGAUGGCCCUGGACAAGAUCCCCAUUCUCCAGGAGGCAUCCGCCUACCCAAUGGCAAGCUGAAGUGUGACAUUUGUGGGAUGGUCUGCAUUGGUCCUAAUGUGCUGAUGGUGCAUAAACGAAGCCACACGGCACUCAGCGGGGACUUUAUGUUUGAUGCUGUUUCAGGUGAGCGGCCAUUUCACUGUAACCAGUGUGGUGCCUCCUUUACCCAGAAGGGGAACCUCUUACGUCACAUCAAACUGCACUCGGGUGAGAAGCCUUUCAAGUGCCCCUUCUGUAACUACGCUUGCCGUCGGCGGGAUGCAUUAACAGGUCACCUGCGCACGCACGCUGUCUCCUCCCCCACAGUCGGCAAGCCCUACAAGUGCAACUACUGCGGCCGCAGCUACAAGCAGCAGAACACACUGGAGGAGCACAAGGAGCGCUGCCACAACUACUUGCAGAGCCUCAGCAAUGAAGGCCAGCACCUCUCUGCACAAUCAGGUGAGGAGAUACGAGACCUGGAUCUGGGACCAGAUGCCCUGAUGCACCAUUCCUCUGACCUGCCGUCUUUUAUGGAUCGGCUGGCGAGCAACCUCACAAAGCGCAAACGCUGCACACCUCAAAAAUUCCCGGGGGAGAAGCAGAUGCGACUUAGCCUUGCUGAACUUCCAUAUGACAUGAACUCGAGUUUUGAGAAGGACAUAGAGAUGGUUCCUCACCACCCUCUAGACCCUUCAUAUGGAAAUCCAUUAGCCUUUGUUGGAGGUCCAAUGCGAUUGCCACCUACAAACUGCAUCUCCGAAAUAACCCCAGUCAUUAGCUCAGUGUACACCCAACUGCAGCCUAUGUCAGGAAGGCCAGACAUGCCAGGCAACCGUGAAGCAGCAGAGGGCCACGAAGACAUACCAGACGGGACACAGAGUCAUUACAGAGGACGGACUGAGCACGGAGCUUCUCCUACUAAUGGCUGCCAGGACUCAACCACUGACACCGAAAGCAACCAUGAUGAGAGAGGCUCUCAAGCCACCAGCAGCCGGCAGAGUCCGGCAUAUGCCAAAGAGGAUCAAAGGCCACCUGAAUCAGGUGUGGUAAAUUCUUCCCGCUCUGGGCCUGGAACUGCCAAGGAAACCCUGCGGGUACUGGGAGAGGAUGGUGAGCAAGUGAAGGUAUUCAAGUGUGAGCACUGCCGUGUACUUUUCCUAGACCAUGUAAUGUUCACAAUCCACAUGGGAUGCCAUGGCUUUAGAGACCCUUUUGAGUGCAAUAUAUGUGGCUAUCACAGUCAGGACCGGUACGAGUUCUCAUCCCACAUUGUGAGAGGGGAACACAAGGUUUAACAGAAGGGUAGGGGGAAACUGAACUCUACCUCCCCUCUCCAAAAAUGGCUCAGAGACGCAGUCAGACCUUAAGGCUGGUGGAUAUUUACCACCAAAUUUUUCAAGAUUUUUGUGAGGUUUUUUUUUUUUUUGUGAGAAUGGGCGGAACAUGGAAAUUUUAAGCACUUUUUAAUUGUUCCUUUUUUUUUUGUCUUGUUCAUGUCAUAAUUUAAUUUAGCACUACUGUAACUUGUUAUAGGAGAAGAAAAAAAUAUUUGUUCUCGGUGACCUACAAAUGCAAAUCUAGUGCUGGAUGUGUCACUGUGGGAAGCAUUAAAUGUGUAGGAGGAGGUUACAGUUACUGAUGGGGAAAGAACAAGGCACUACUGGAGCUUUGGGGAACACAAAUAACUGUUUGGCAAAUGCACUUAAUGCGCCUUGUUGCCUUUUGGGGGUACACUUAGCAUUGCCAGUGAUCAACACAAGAGUUAAUAGAACCAGCCAACACCCGGUACCCCCAACUUGUUACAGGUAUUGAGCGUUGUUGUUAAGUUCGCCCUUUUUUAUAAUGCUUGGUGUUUGUUUUGUUUUUAUCACUUUAUGGUCUUCUAUUUUCAGAACUUGGUAAACUAUGAACAGCUUUGUAGACAUAGUGCUUCUCAUAGUAAUGGGCAAGUAUAGCACCUUAAUAAGAAGAUAAGAGAACUCGCCCUCAAACCUCAUUACAGAAGGAAGUCCUUUUUUUUUUUCUCUACUCUUUGCACUGACGGACUAUUUAUAGGUUGUUUUGAACAGAUAGAAAGAAAAAUAUUUCAGUUUUGUGGCUCCGUCAUGGAUCAGCGAAAACGCUUCCUUUACGGAUAAUACAACUGGCUGCAUCCAUUAUGAACAGAUCCAGUUGUAUUAUCUCUAAAAUAGCCAUGAUGGAUUCGGCACAAAAACCAUUUGUAAGUCUGAGAAAAUGGAUCCGGCACCAUUGACCUAAAUUGUGUUUCAUGUCGGAUCCGUCUUGCUCCGCGUCCCGUGCCGGACAGAAAAAUGCUGCUUGCGAUG